AUGGAAUUAAUUGAUUUAGAAUUUUAUAAAAAUUUAGUUAUAUUAUUAGAAAAUUAUAUAGAAAAAUUAUAUCUAGAUUUAACAUUUUCAUUAAAUAUUAAUGAAUUUGAUGUUAACAAAAUGAUUGAAUUAAUACCAAAUGAUUCAAAUAUUAGAGUUACAAAUAAAAAUAAAUAUGAAUAUAUACGAUUAAUUUGCCAAGAAAAAAUAACUCGAUCUAUUAA